AUGAGAGAAAUAUCAUUUAAAUCACCAAUUAACUGUUACGAUGAUCAAAGACGUUUUCGUCUAUUAGUUUUAUUUCAUUCCAUUGAUACUUUAACAAUUUUUAUACGGCUUAUUAUUCUGUGUGCAGAAGAUUUUGCUAAAAUAACACCAUUGAGCGGAUCAGAUCCUUUACGUCAAAGUCUGUCGUAUUUAAUCCCAAUAUUUCUAUUUGAAAUGUUUAUAUUUUUAAUUAUUCUUAUUUCUAAUGUUUUAUAUAUAAUGGUAAAAUGUUGUUUACCUUCUAUUUAUCCUGAUAGUGAUGAAAAAUCAACCGUAGUAUGUUGUAAAAUAAGAACAUUAUGGCAUAUAGCAACAUUAACAUGUUUUACAUGUAAAUGUUAUUAUGAUCAUCCACAAGGAAUCUUAUUAACACGAUUGUCUAUUUUGAGCAUAUGUUUUCUAUUUCGAUUUAUAGGUUUUAUAUUGGGUGCAUCAUGUGCAAAUCGUUAUGCACCGCGUGGUGUUGUCUACACAGUUAUAAGUAGUUUAUCAUUAGUACCAUCGAUUAUAGUACUCGUAAUUGAAUUUAUACAUUUUUUUCGUUUAUGGACUUAUCGUCCAGAUAAUAAUAAUCAACAUCGGCGUUUUCAUCGAUCACAUCUGUGUUUUAUUCCACAGAAUAUUACAAAUGAUAAACAAGUACGUCAAUGGAAUACAUCAUUAUGUCCAGAACCAUUGGAUAAAUGUAAAUCAAAAAGUUUACAUCAUUAUGUACUCUAUCAUUCUCUAUCAUUAUUACAACAACAAAUACCGCAAGUGAUAACAGAAGAAACAAAAAUCGUUAUUGCAUAUUAUCAAACAACACGUGAUCAAGCCUAUAAAAUUGCUUAUGAAGGUUUUCCACAUAAUCGUACAAAUCUAGAUUCAAACAUUUAUUUUACAUUAACUGUUCAAAAAGUUAUUAAUUCGGAUACCGUUUUUUUCCUACGUCUCAAUUUAGAUUGUCUGAAAAUUGUUGGUGUCAGCGAAACAUAUACCGAUAAAGAACUGCGGGAAGAAGCGCAACGUAUAUUUAAAGAUACAGUAUAUCGAAUACAUGCCAUCUAUUUCCCCGUCAAACAACGAAUUUAUUUAAAGUAUAUAAGAGCUAUUGAAAAAUGGUUAAUUGUUAUUGCAUCAGAUAAUUCGUCAACAACAAGACCAACAACAGUAACAACGACAAGCGGUCGUUGUGCGACGGUAAAAGAUGAUCAAUUCCAUGAUGAAUAUUAUCCGGGAUGUAUUCAGUUGUAA